UUUCCGUUUUUCGUAGCGAGAAUGCGGUAUUUGGCUAAACAUCUGCAGAUUCCUUCAGUGCUAAUCCUCCUGUGCGGCACAGCGGUUCAGGCACACCCUGUGGGAGUAGUCGUAGGCUUGCGACCCGAGCACUUUGACCCAAUAGUAUCCCUGUAUCAUUCCCAGAAUAAUGCAGGCAAUUACGUUUAUGGUUACGCAACACCUACUAGUACAAAAAGCGAAACCAAAGAUGCCCACGGUGUAACGCACGGCGGAUACUCUUACAUAGAUGGGGACGGUCAUCUUCAAACUGUCCACUACACUGCGGACGCCAUUCACGGCUUUCGAGUUGCAGCCACUAAUCUUCCUCAAGAUCUCCCAGAUGUCGCUCACGCCAAGCUGGAGCAUCAGCGCGCCUACGAGGCUGUCAAAUCCGAUUUGGCUCAAGCCGCUUUAAAAGUUGCUUACUCGAACCCAAUUGCCGUUGCUCAUGGUGACGUUCCCCAGUUGCAACCACAUCAGUUGCUUCCUGAACCGGUCAAAGAUCUCCCCGAGGUUGUAAAAGCUCGCGCUGAGCAUUUGGCCGCCCUGCAGGCUGCGUACGCAGGUCACGCUAGCCUUGCGGUGUUGCCACAGCCUGUCCAAGAUUUGCCCGAAGUGGUGAAAGCCAGGGCCGAACAUUUGGCUACGCUGGAAGCUACUCGAGCUAGGGAUGCAGCUUUACGAUCGGAAAUAAGUUUGAGCCCUAUUCCAGAUCAGCUCACCGGACAUGUUGUUCCGGUGCACACGGGGGAAAGUAACCAACCGCUUCCCGUGGCACCCGUUCCUCAAGCCGCUUACGCACCAGAAUCGUAUGGUUACGAACCUUAUUCAUACGGAUAUAUGAGUCCGUUUGGUGUUAAAUCUGAAUCCCAGUCACCAGACGGAGUAGUGAGAGGUGGUUACUCUUACCUGGACGCGCAUGGAGUCGUUCAAACUGUGAACUACAUCGCCGAUAAAGAUGGAUUUAGGGUAGCAGCAAGCAACCUACCCGUAGACGAGAAUCAUCUCGCAAUACAAAAGGCUGUAGGCGUAACACCCCAAGCACAAGCGGAGGAAAAGAUUCUGGCGCCAACUUUAUAUAAUGCCGAAAUUAAAUACUAGUAACAAAUAUUUUGUAAAUUUAGAGAAUUGUAUUGUAAAUCGUGAAACUUGUAUGCCGUAAAUAUUGAUUUCCCUGUC